GGAGACUUGGAUUUUGUUGGCCCAGGACAAGGUCCGGUGGAGGGAUUUUAUUGAUUCGGUGAUGAAACUUCGGGUAUCAUAAGCCAUCUAAGUCGUUAGUUAUACGCCAUAUGUAAAGCUUUGUCACUUUGCAUUGAAUGUCAAGAGGCAUUUCUGUAACACAGAAACAAACUGACUCCUUGGAGUCGAAGUCCUGCUUGAGAAUAUAACAGUAGCCCAGGUGGUCAAAUGUCUCUCCUUUUAUGAAACAUUACGUUCCGUGCCUGUGUUUACAAGACCCCGCCUCUAAGCCAUAUCCACAAGCAGAUGAAGCCAGUGCACACCUUUAACCGCACCUCUCGAAGAUUCAUUUUAAUAUUAUCCCAGCAACGCAUAGGACUCUCAAGUGACCCUUUCCUUUCAGGUCUUUCGACAAAAAUGCCACAUUUCUUGUCUCUGCCAUGUGUACUACAUGUCCCGCCCACCUCAUCCCCCUGAUCUGAGAACCUAACAUUUAUUAAUUAGUGAAGGGGCUGAUAAAGCUCCAAAGUAUGUAGUUUUCGCCACUCUCAGGCCCAGGUAUUCUUGUCAGUACCGUGUUUCCUCUCAGUCACUCUCAGUUGAUGUGCACACGUGUCAGUAUGAAGAAAAAUCUGUAACAGCGAUGGACUGUCUCUUCAGGAGAUGGAGUCAAACCAACAUCGCAGCUGUACUCAAGAAGGCGGCAGGUGCACAUGCACCAAAGCAUUGGUCCGUCUGAAUAAACUAAGAGAGAGGAACCUCUUGUGUGACGCGGUGCUGAGGUUGGAGGAUGGCGUCGUCUUUCCAGUCCACAGAGUGAUUCUGUCGAUGCGCAGCGAAUAUUUCAGGACCCUCUUCACGACAAAACUGCACACCAGUGAGGAGACUGAGAUUCUCCUCCACGGAGUCAGCUCAGACAUCAUGACCCAGAUACUGGAUUAUGUUUAUAUUCGCGAGGUGGACAUCCGCUCCGACAACGCGCGUCAACUGAUCGUAGCGACUGACUACUUGUGUAUUCCGGAAGUUACUAAACUCUGCUGUGACUUCCUCAAGAACGCGAUGGACGCUGACAACUGUAUCGGCAUCUUGCAGUUCCCAAGGUUUCACUUCUUCGCCGACCUCGAGACUCACGCUCGUCGCUUCGUUCUGCGCCACUUCGUGGAAGUGUCUCAGAAGAGCGAAGACCUGCUGGAACUGCCCGCAGAGGAGCUGCAAGCGAUAAUCGAGACCGAGGAACUGAACGUGAAGAACGAGGAAGUUGUGUGGGAGUGCAUUCUCCGGUGGAUCAACCACGACCCGGACAACAGGAAAGGCCACAUCGCGGACCUUUUGAAGGGCGUCAGACUGGGACUCCUUGACGAGAAGUAUUUCGUUGAGAAGAUUUCGAAUCAUCCGUACGUGACGGAGAACGAGGCGUGCAGUCCCGUGAUCUUGGAGACGCACGCGUUCUUACGCGACUUGCAAAUGAUGUCGAAGGAAGACAAGGACUUUGUGACACCAAGGAUUGCCCGCCCGCGAAUCCCACAGGACAUUCUUUUUGCUAUUGGUGGGCGUUAUGAAGGAGGGGUGACAGAUGUGAUCGAAGCGUACGACGCACGAGCAGACCGGUGGAGUGUGGUGGAGGCGGUCAACUCGAUCGGACUGCGAGUCCUCUAUGGUACGGCAGUACUCGGUUUCAACAUUUACGUCAUCGGUGGUCACGAUGGCGGGGAAAAAUUACGCUCAUGUCAUUGCUUCAACGCUGUUACGAAGACAUGGCGCGAGGUGGCGCCUAUGAAUGAACGUAGAUGCGAUUUAAUGGUGGCAGUCCUGCGAGGUGCAGUGUACGCCAUGAGCGGUUGGGAUGCUGUUAUGAUUAACAAAACAGCUGAAAGAUACGACUGCAAGACGAACGAGUGGUCGUGGAUCACUCCUAUGAACGUAGAUAGAAACGAUGCAAGUUCGGCUGUGCUGAAUGACAAAAUAUACGUCGCUGGUGGAUUAUCUAGUGACUCUACCCUAAACUCGGUGGAAGUUUAUGACCCGGACACCAACCGAUGGACGUUCGUUGCACCGAUGCUAUCUGGACGUUUACAUUUUUCUUGCGUCGAGUUCCAUGGCUGUCUGUACGCCAUAGGAGGAUGGAACUUUACAUCAUUGAAGCUCACUAUGGAAUUGUAUGACCCUGCAAACGACACGUGGACCAAGAUCCCUGGCAUGACGUUCGAUUUAGUUAACUUUAACGCAGAAGUGAUCGACGAUAUGAUUUUCGUCAUCGGUAGCCGAUGCAAUUGGAAAUCCAACUUCAUUGUCAAAUGUUACAAAUACAAGGGAGAUAAAUGGUACCGGGCUGCAGACAUGAAUUUUCGUAGAUACAAUACGUCGACUUGUGUCAUCAAGAACCUACCAAAUGCAAGCGAUUACGCCUACAAACACAGACCCAAAUUGAUGGAGGAGAAACGUGAAAAAAUGUUGGAUUGGCAAUGUAACAGUCCUUCCACACACACUCGUCCUUCUGUUGAUGUGGCCACGGGUUCGAACCCAGUAGCUAGGCCGGCGCUGGUGCGAUUAAAACGUUUGUUACUUCGGUGCGCGGAGAGGGUUAAAGGUUUUCUCAGGAUACCUUGACAUUAGGUCAGUCGGUGGGCGAGGAUCUCCGACUCUCAGGGAAUACACGGAGAAUUUUGUGAAGGAAACCUAUUGGAAAAUAGAGAUGACGAUGCGCGCAAAACAUACUACAUGGAGCAGUCUCUUUGAGACGCUGGCAGCACGCUCAGCUAGUUAAAAAAUGUGCCCUGUGUAAAUUUCCGUAAUAUGCUAGUCGUUUUAUGGUGAGGAGUUGUUGGUAUCCCACCUGAUUUCCAGUGACCCUCCAUUUCUGGAUGCCUUCUCCUCCUGCAACCAGAGGAAGUGCCGUGCAGUGGUAAAAGAUGACUUAAUAAAUUGGUAUUGGUAAUGUAAAUUACAUUCAGCUAACUCAGGGUCAUGUACGCUGACGGACUUUACACAUAAUGAAGACAUAUGGGCCAGUUUAA